AUGAUACAGGAGGUUCUCCAAAAUUGCCAUGACUCUAUUGAAGGCGGACAUCAAGGAGUAGUCCGGUCGUACCAGAAGGUAAAACUGAACUACUACUGGAUUGGACUCUAUGCGGACGUGGAGAAACACGUUAAAUCAUGUCUAGACUGUAGCUCAAGUAAAAGCCUGCCACAACUCAAAGGAUAUUCACCUGGAAAUGUGCUGGCCGAACGGCCAUUCCAGGUAGUAUCGAUGGACUUUGUGAUUCCGCUACCAACGUCUCGACGAGGAAAUACGGCGCUACUCUUGUGGCAAUGUGCAUUUACUGGAUUUGUUAUUGCGAAAGCGAUGUCAGAUACAGACGCGUUGACUGUGGCGAAAGUAUUCGAAGAAAGCAUUUAUCGACGAUUUGGAGCUCCAUCUCUAAUACGACAUGACCGCGAUCCACGGUUCAUGAGCGAAGUCUUUCAAGCGUUCGCAGAACUUAUACAAGCGCGAUCUCGAUCAACACUAAGUUAUCGUCCCCAAGCUAAUGGUCAGCAGGAGCGGUCGGUGAAAACGGUGAUGCAACCCACUCCAGUAUGGGACGAGAUUGCCAAACGACUUGAAUUUGCGAUCAACAAUUCGCACGAUAUGACUCGCAAGGAGACACCAUUUUAUCUUGUCCAUGGUUGGGAUGCCCACACAACCUUACGAGCUAUGACGACGUCGCUGAAGCGAGGAGUCGGGAAACAGACUGAGGCAUUGGCAUGGCGACGAGAGAUCAAUCGCCAACACCAAAUUGCUCUGGAAAUGGCAAAAAAAUACCAAGCGACAGAAAAAACAAGA